AGACGAUUUUCUACUUCGUAACUAAAUUGCAAAAUUCUAUCUAGUCUAUGUACCACGGCUGCUGACCGAUCAUGUUUUGAAGUGGGUAGAAGCUAUAUGUGUUACUUUUGUGAUGACUGUACGAGAUAUUUGUAAGAAUGCCAAUCCAGGCGCCUCAAUGGACGGAUUAUUUGAACUGUCCAGUGUGCUGCCGCGAAUUUGGCGCUCCGCCCCGCAGUCCCAUUAGCCUUGGGUGCGGCCACACACUAUGUAGACACUGCCUCAAACACUUACACAGAAAACAAUGCCCGUUCGACCAGGCUGUGAUCCAGGUCGAUCCGGAAGAGUUGGUGGUGAAUACGGCUCUACUCCAACUCGCCGGGUACACACCCCCGGCGCAGCCGUACCACCCACCUUCGAUACAGGCGCUCCCCGAUCAUGACAAACAGGCUUACGACUGCAUCGUCAAGUGCAUGGAACACCUCGCUGUUUACCUCAAGUAUUGCGGCAAUGCCAACAAUAGUAUGGCUGGUAGCCGGCUUUCUCGGCCCAUGCAGAGGAAGCUGGUCAUGUUGCUGCAGUGUGCCGUCACCGACGAGGAGGGGAGAGGCAGGGCGGCGCGAGCAGCGCGAUCCCUUGGCGAAAGGACCGUCACCGAACUGAUAUUGCAACAUCAGAACCCGCAGCAGUUGAGCGCGAACCUGUGGGCGGCAGUGAGAGCGCGCGGCUGUCAGUUCCUCGGGCCGGCGAUGCAAGAGGAAGUCCUCAAGCUGGUACUCCUGGCUCUCGAAGACGGUUCUGCAUUAUCCAGAAAGGUGUUAGUGAUGUUUGUUGUCCAAAGACUGGAGCCUCAUUUUCCGCAGGCUUCUAAAACUAGCAUAGGCCAUGUCGUCCAGCUCCUUUACAGAGCUUCUUGCUUUAAGGUAAGUCCUAAGGUAUCAAAACGCGAAUGCGAUUCAUCUCUAAUGCAAUUAAAAGAAGAAUUCCGAACGUACGAGUCGUUAAGACGCGAACACGACGCGCAGAUAGUUCAAAUUGCAACGGAGGCGGGGCUUAGAAUAGCUCCCGACCAAUGGAGUGCGCUGCUCUACGGAGACACCGCCCACAAAAGUCAUAUGCAAAGCAUUAUAGACAAAUUGCAAACGCCGCAAUCGUUCGCCCAAUCAGUCCAGGAGUUGUUCAUAGCGUUGCAAAGAACUGGUGAUCCGGCGCAACUCAUAGUCAUGAGUCUGCAUCUCGAUAGACUAGCGAAUAUCGACGCUAGCCCUGACGCGAAGAACCCAUCUUGGCAGCAAUUAGCUGAGGUGAUGACGUCACUCAAAGAGGUCGUGGCCGGCCUCAUACACUACUUGCAACAACAAGCCACCGGUCGGGAUUCCAACCAUAACCAGAAGCAACAUCCUGUACCCGAACGGUGUUUGGAUAAUAAUGCCAGUCAAGGGUCACCUCAGACGGCGGCGUCGACGCCAACUCACAACAAAUACAAAGUAUCGAUGUGCAGAGACGCGGCCACGCGUUCCUUCUGCCCUCGAGGGAACUCCUGUACCUUCGCCCACUCCGAGGAGGAAAUGGAAAGGUUUAGGAUCAACGGCAAUUUUCCGUAUCCAAUGAUGCCAAAUCAGACGUUGCUCCCCAACCAGCCAAUUCCGAUGCCGGGGCCCACGAUGCCGAUUGCGGCGCCGGGUGUACAGUACCCGCCCUUUCCCAUGCCUCAACCACACUUAGAGGGCCAUUUCAACGUGCAACCCAUGCCGCCGGUAAACAUGCCAGCUGACAUGGAACACGUAAACGUGAACAAUGGCCACCAUGCGAUUUACACACCGCAUCCUAUAAUACUGGGCCAGGAGAUUUUGAUCCCUACGAAUGGGGAUCGUUUUUACCCGCGGUACAACGCACGGUUGCCCGAGGAACAUCAUGGUCCGGUGCAAUACAGAACGUUCGUGCCACAGCCACCACCACAGAGCAAUGUACACAUGUACCCGCAACAAGAACCCCCCCAACCACCCAGGGAUGAUUUAUUCACUCCUGGAAUGCCAACAGAACUACUGCCUGAAUACAGAGUGAAUGCCAACACGUAUGGACCUCGGCCCGACGCUGUGUGGGCUCCUAAUCCUGGCGAGAUGUUCAAUUUCGGAGACAUGCGGGCAGCGCUGCCGUCAGCCCCUCCAUUAGCUCCUGAGCAGGUAUUCACUCCGGCGCGCUCGUCGGUAAUCCUCCCACUAGUCCGGUCGCGUCGCUCGUCACCAGUCGACGGUGCGGGGCCCCGGGCAGUGGGUGGACCCGUUUCGGGUCCCGGGACGAUCCCGUGCCCUGCGCCACCGGAGCCCUUCGCCGCGCCGGCGCCCGUGCCUACAGUAACCAACGGUCCGACGGCCAGCCAGACAGUCGCGGCGAGUAGACUGGCGGUCGGCGCAAACCGGCUCCCUCGCGACAGGUCCACCGUCGCAGAUCGCCUCAGUGCAGCCGCAAAAGCGUAUCAAGCGACCGGGUCCGAUGACCAAGAAUUAGAGGCAGGCCUCCAAGCGCUUGAGCGCAGGAUCGACACGGAGUUCAAGAGCGCAGACUAAUGCCGAGUAAGCCACGCUGAAGUUUCCGGCAGAAACAUAUUAACUUACUAUAAGCGGCGCGACGAGGAUUAUAAUUUCGUUUUUUAUAUAGUUUUGAAUCUUCAACACUUGAACGGUAGGAAUAACAAACGUGCUUAGAUUUUCCUGUACAGCGUGGAUUUCAAGAAGUCGCUUAAUCGUGGCGGUAUGAUUGGCUCUUAAUGCGACUGUGUAUGAAAUUAAGUGUAUAUUAUCACGAUAAUAUAACAAUAACUGUUUUGGUUAGGGCGUUAUAUAAUAUCUGCUGAUCGAUAAACGCUAAAUAUAGCCAUACGCUGUACAGGCGAAUUGUAAUUAUGAAGUGUGUAAUGUCUCCCAUAUAAUGGGCUUUCUUCGCCAAAUCGGGUGGCAAACUCCUACCAAAUGAAAAUAUCAAAAUAAACCUCUCCGAUUUGUCACUACGCGACAAACGAGACUCGUUAUGAAAAGUUAGAUUUAUCCCCAUGUACGUCCACAUAAUUUAUCCACAUUUUUUGUGGAUUUAUUUGUUAGAAUUUGAUUUUUUGUUUUUGUUAUAAUCGUGAGGUUCUUCCAAACAUUUUGUUUUGUUAGGUUUACUGAAUAUCAAGUCGUAAAUAUUAUCCAUUCUAAUUAUUUCGUUAGAAAUAUAAACAAUGGUUUCUACGUACACGCAAAUACGGCGCAAUAUUGAAAGACGGAUGAUUAUAAUAACUUGAUUUUACGCGAUUAGAAUCCUGUAACAGCCUCAGUACAAAUAAAAUUCUACCAUAUUUGUAUAGCGUUAGGCUAGAAACUAGUUUGCUACAACGCUAGCGUUAUUUGGAUGAAAAUAUUAAAACUUGAACUGUUGCCGCAUUGAUUAUUAUUUGAGAAAUGCGUUUAUGAAAUUGGAACUUAUAAAUGAAUACAACGCUUUGCUGUGCGGCUAUGUUGGUUGAGACAAACAUAUUGAUUGCAAAAAGUGUCAUGAUUGAGCGAAUUACAUAACAUUCGUUUUACUGAGAUUCUAGUGGGACUUAUUUCAAAGAUCCAAUAUUGAAAACGUAGCCAUAACGGCCUUAUUAUCGUAUAGGCUGUCCAUGAUCGCAUGCUAUCAAAAUAUAUUCACUUUUAGUGAUAAUUUGACAUACCUCAGAUUUUAAAUAUACAUGUUGAAUUAUAAUAAUAAAGUUAUACACACCCUGCUGAAAUACUGAGCAAUAAACACAAAACAAAUACAUUAAAGUAGAUGUGUGUUUAUACUGGCCAGUGUUUUCAUUGGGUGCUAGUGUUAUGUGAUGGUAGUCCUUUAGUUCGGGUCGGGCUGAACCGUAAAUACAGCUUUUUGACAAUAACAGCAACCUUAUUUGAUCCUAAUGCACUAGAUGACGUUGAUUAGUAUUCCAUUAAUGCAUUUUGGUCGCGGUGUAAAUUCUAUAUAAAAAUAUGGAUAAACCGCGCUGAAACUUAAGCAUGAACUCCAUGAAUGAAUUCAAAUGAUCGCAAGUUUUAAUUGAUCAUAUAUUAUGGUACAUCAACACUUUAGUACCACAAGCGGACUGGGGAUACAAGCGGAGUAGUUCAAAUCCUCGCUUUAAUUGCGCCAUUCAACAAUGACUCACAGAGUGACUCAUGGAGUGUAUUUGAGUGAGCAACUUAAUUUCUAUCAGUUGAUACAACCGCUCCGCUUGUCUUAUCUCCAUUUCGCUUGUCGCGUCUCAGCUUCGCUUAUAUUAUUUCCACUCCUCUAGCAUCUUCCGGGCGAGAAAGAGGGAUGAAGCUAUAAAAGGUGUAAAGCUCCAUCUCUCUUUCACGCCCGGAAGAUUGACGUCAUGGUAGGCCAACUGGUCUUGAAAAAAAUAAUAUGAAUUAAAACGGUUUUAUUCUUAAGUGCAAGAAUACAACUUAUGUUUUCUUUAUUUUGGUUGACUUGUUAUAUGUACUUUAAUAUUGGUCGUAAUUGAUUAUAUUCACGAAUUCAAACGCGGAUUUCAAUGCUUAGUUCUUUUUUAAUUAAAUCCAAUUAAUUAUUAAACAAAUAUUUAAAAAACUAGUAAAUUAAACCGCGUUUUAUAAAUACGAAACCACAUUUAAAACGAAUAUAUGAGAAAAGGAACGAGUACAGAAUAUUGUAGACCAAAAUGCACUUUAUUAUGAAAAAGUCGACGUCAUCUAUGCAUGCUAGUCUCACCACUACUGAAUAGUGAUAGGUGCCUGUAUCAUACUAUUCAUGAUAAACACAAAAUACAUUCUAAAUGAAAUCAUAAAAUAAAUUGGUUGUCUGCAUAAAGUCUCUUAGGUGACCCCAGAAAUAUUAUAAUAAAUAAUGUACAAAUACAAUUCUAAAUCUACUCACAAUUUGUAUAAGUCGUUACCCUUUCUCAGUGGUGAGACCGUCUUUACUAAGACUAUGCCACUUCAUAAAAAUUUAAUUUCUAUUAACUUUUAUCAACAGCAUAUUUCUGACUAUAGCACGCCCUGUCUCUAAUAAAGUUGAGUACCAAUCUCGAUUCCUUUUACGCGAUUUCCAACUAUAUAAAUAUGUACAUACUCAAACGUUACUCAAUUGUAAGUUGUUUACAACAAUACUUCUCAUUACAAUAACGAUUUUAAAGUAGGACUUAUAAUUGAGUAGCAUUUCAGUAUUCGGGCUUUAGAAUACGUUGAAUAGAAGUAAAAUCGCUUAAGCCUUUGAAUGCCGAUGGAAAACUAUUCAAGGCAAAUCCGCCGCUACCAUAGGUCAUCAACCUAUAUAUGAGUGAUCCAAAAUUCUACAGAUCCUUUUUCAAGAGCACACAAUCCGAAUAAUAUUGUUUGUCACACAACUUUGAAUUUGUAAACUUUUGUACAGCACUCCGAUUCGGCUCACGAUGGCUUUGGCUUGAGAUUGGUUAAUCCGUUUUCUGAUGAAUUUAUUGUUAGCUUUCAAUUUGCUCUAUCAUUGCAACAAUUAAUCUUCGCCUGCACACGCCAUACUUCACAUACGAGUGCGUUUGUGCGACCAAGUCGCAUCAAAGCCGUUCUAUCAGUCAUUCGUCUUUCGUUGUUUCUCUAUCGUACAGAAAUAACAAAACUGACUGACAAUACAAAGCUGAUUUUAUAAGGAAACCAUUUUCGUAGGAUACAUUAAAAUCGCUAGCUACUCCGGUAGGAUUUAUUGAGUAAUUGACAAUUCUAUAAUAUUUACAGUGGACUUUUCUUUGUAAAAGUGACGUAAUUGUUCCUGUAUCAAUGUUUUUGUUAGUAAUAAAACAAUUGACUGUCAAUUUUGAUAUACUCUAAGGUUAACAAUAUAAAUAUCGGAAAGUAAAGGAACAUUAAGUUUGAUUUACGAAGCGUCUCUUUUUCAAGGUCAAAUCCACUGCGAAUGGAAGCAAUUGAUAAAAUAAAAAGUAUAUUAUGAUAAAUUAUCGAAUAAAUAUACAGAUUAUUAGAGUGGUAUUUUAGAUUUGUAAAAGUAAAUAUAAAUAAGGUAAUCAGAAAAUGAUUUCUGCAUGCUGGUUUGUUAGUGAAAGACGAUUAGAAAUUUCGGCCGUUGCUUAAAAUUUUUGUUACUUCUCCUUUUACAGUGACAAAUGUAGGAGAUCCUUAGAGAGUACUGCCCUCUAUAGAGUUAUUAUCCGUUACUAUUGACAUAGCGCGUCGUAAACGCGGCCUAAACAUAUAAUAUGCGUGACAAUAUCGAUACUGUUUGAAAUUUCGUUUAUAUAACAAUGAUGUUAGAGAUUUAUAGAGCAGUUUGAAAGUAAAGGAGUUAUUAGCGCCGUUUAUUUGGUAUGCGUUUAAAAAUUAAUAUGAUACUUAUUGGUGACGUGGACACACACAGCCUGAACUGGCGACUAAAGUUACUGAUACAAAACAGUCGCUAGUUAUGGCCUGCAGUCUCAUAAUGGAAGUCUUACAAAUCUAUACAGCGUGAAGCGCUGUUGAAGCCCUUUAUGAUAACUUCCCAACUGUCUUCCGUUCUAGUAAGUUGCGCGCAUGUGUCCUCGUCAUCAUCCUCAAUUAUUUAAUCAGAUAGCGUGGUUAUUAGCUUAGGUGGUAUUUUUUUCGAUUAUUAUUUAAUUCGCUUUGCUAGUGUGUUAUGACACCUCAGUCACUAUAUGGAUUUUAAUUUAAUGCUGUUAGUUACUAAGUGAUGUCAUUAAAACAGUUUAGGAAUAUGGAGAAAUUGAUUUUUCAAAUGUAAUCCGUACUAAAGUUAUGAUUGGAAAACGUGAUAUGCUAUUAUAUAAAAUAUAACAAACUAGGAUAUGAAUCGUAUUGUUAGGCUCAUAUUCUAUAGCUUGUGUUUAUGUACUUUGAACCGAUACCUAAAACCCGAAUAAGAUCUAUGCCUUCUUAUUCAAAGUGAUAAUAAUGUAAUUAUAUUAUUAUAUUUCCCUCAGUCACCGUCAUUAUAAAUCCACACGACACGUGUCCGUACAAUCCUUGAACACACUUCACUUUUGACGUGAUUCGAGUGACAAGUCAACAAUAUACAUUGCUUUAUUUGUUUUGUACAUCCGCGUUGCCUGUACACGUUGACACGCGAUGGAUAUCGUUGAGAUGUCAAUUUCAUAUCAUUGGUGUGUUGGAAAUGUUUGAUACAAUAGGGAUGGUGACUUCAUUUUAGUUAUUUUUAUUGGCAUGAUAGUUAAUGAAAUGUUUUACAAGCUUUCUUGCAAUCAGUAUGAAUAUUUUUUGUGACACGAGUUGAUAUAUUUCAUACGAGGGGAUGUAGAUAUCACAACACUCUCUUAGAACUAAAUAUGUACAAACAAUACAAGAUUGUGUAAGAACACUUGUCUCAAACAUUUGAAUUAUCUAUCUGAUGCAUAGUGCGUUGUUUUUUCGUAUCCCAUCAUCCCUGUUAUAACCAUCUAGCAAAGCUCGCUUCAUAAAACUAAUUAGUGUUAAAUAAAAGAAUACCGUUUUGAUAUCUAAGGCUGGUGAUACAUCUAUUUAUAUUUUAGAAAAAAGUUAAAACAAAAUAUGUAAGGCUGUAAUAUAGAUAUAGCUGAGAGAAGCAACUCAACGCCCUAUCAUAGUGGUUUCUUUUAUUUAUUUUUUUCUUUGUAAUUUAUGUAACAUUUGCAGCGACAGUUGUAGAUGGAACUCUAUGGCGCCGUUAUACAUUAGUCCAUAGCUUUCCGGCAUACAACUGUUUCUGAAUAUUAAGACUAUUAUGUCCUAGUGAUUCCUUUGUGGUUCUCUAAUUAGUUACAAUUUAAAUAAGUGCAAUUUUGUAAUUGCGUGCAAUACGUGUUGGUGAUGCGGGCCGACUGGCCUCUACCCCAGCUUGUGAUGUAUAUUUGUGUAGCGCGCUGCCACGCUCGGGGCGGCCGGUGUCACGGCUCAGUCGGUUCGCGACGCGAAUGCAGCAAAGGAGAUCUAUCGAUUACAAUUCACGAUCUCUUUGCAUUUACUUUAUAUGAUUUAUGAUCAUUGAAAACUAUGGUUCGCUUGUAACUAAUGUUUGUAUAAAGGUGAAUACCAUAUUUUGGUGUAUUUUUUUUUCCUAGGAAAAGUCAUUAUUUAUAAAUAAAAUGGUCUGUUUAAAGACUUGUAAUAGAACUUGCGCACACAGUGCGAUUUAGCGAAUAUAUUUUUUUGUAUAAAAAGAUCACCUUUUUGCCUAGUUAAAUAAAUACUAACCUUUAUGUUGAGUUUUUUUUGUUUUUUCUACACUUGACCCCUCAUUGUGCCAACCACACGUCACGACUCACUCGUACAGCACGGCGACAUCAAGCGAGCUUGUACACUGCUGUACUCGGUCAAUGCAUGGACAACACGAAACAUUCAGUUUUGUGCAGCCAGCGUGUACAAGUGUCGCAAUCCGUCCUCCCCGUCUCUACUAAUGAGUAGUCGUAAACACAUAUCACAUGCAACAUUGUCCUGUCUGCGGAAACUACACCCUACUCUGCAUUGCAUAAGGUUCCAAAUAUUUUUUAAUCACUACAUGAAAUUUUUUAUUAUUCACAUAGCUAUGCUUGGAUAUCCUUUUCAAUUAUGAUUCACUACACAUAGUACAUUAGACUCACACAACACACUCGUACAUGUUUUAUUUAUUUAUGUUACGCAGUAGAGGUUUUGUUCAGUCAUCUUGACAUUUGGGGCUGUCGUCCCGGACCAGCGCGGGGUUGAGUCUUUCAGUCGUAAUGUUAUAGGUUAGUGGGGAACAUUAGAUUUAACGCCCAUGCUAUAUUGUUCUUAUACUUAAAUAUUUACAGAUAUAUAGCAAUUGUUAAAUAAUAAUAAUAAUCCCUCGAUCGUUUUGUGCUUUAAAAGCGUAGCUUGUAUGUGUGAGUUGAUCCACGUUAUAUUGUAGCGGUGUGCUACAAUAAUGUAAAGGUUUAGAUUGUGGUGGGGGUUGAACCUAAAGUUUCCACUCCGUAUUAUUGAGGCUAUACGCCCCGAUAGUAAAUGCAUUGCUGCAUUUGUUUAAGAAUGCGUAUA